AUGGGGCCCCCGGGCAAUAGGGAUCAUGGGGCCCCUGUGUCCUUGCCCAAACUCGAAAAAGCCUAUGAAAAAGGUACCAGGGGCAUCUCAUGGGGCCCCCUACUGACCCCGGGCUCUCGAGCAGUGCCCAAGUUUCCAAAUGGUCAGUCCGUCCCUGGCUGAGAUCCACCCAGAUGCCUUACCAGGGCGGACUGACAAUUCACGGGGCCCCUGGGCAAUAGGGGAUCAUGGGGCCCCUGUAUCCUUGCCCAAACUCAAAAAAGCCUAUGAAAAAGGUACCAGGGGACUCUCAAGGGGCCCCCUACUGACCCCGGGCCCUCGGGCAGUGCCCGAGUUUACAAAUGGUCAGUCCGCCCCU